AUGGUUGGAAAAGAUGCUGAAGCCGGCGGUAUCGCUAAAAAUGGUGCUAAAAUGGUUACAGCAGUAUCCUGUGCAUCUGUUCCUAAAAUUACCGUAGUGAUUGGUGGAUCUUAUGGAGCUGGAAAUUAUGGAAUGUGCGGAAGAGCAUAUGGACCAAGAUUUAUGUAUAUGUGGCCGAAUUCUCGAAUAAGUAUAAUGGGAGGYGAACAAGCUGCAGGUGUUCUAGCUCAAAUUCAAAGUGACAAAAAGAUUAGAGAAGGAAAACUGUUAACAAAAGAAGAAGAAAAAAUUCUAAAAGAUCCAGUGAUCAGACAAUUUGAGAACGAAGGAAAUCCAUAUUAUUCUAGUGCGAGGUGUUGGGAUGACGGAAUCAUCGAUCCUGCUCAGACUAGGCAGGUGUUGGCAUUGAGCUUGUCUGCCAUCCAAAAUUCACCAGUUCAGCAGACCAAGUAUGGUAUUUUCCGGAUGUAAUCUAUUAAGAAGUACCAAUUUUAAAUUGUGCCAGAACAAUGAUAUAUGACACAGCUACUCCGAGAU